AUGGUGGCCGCCAAGAGAAAAAACACAGAAACAGAGGAAGGUGAAAUCUUCUCGUCUUGCUCUUUCUCCAGCCUCGGCCUUCACUCAAACUUAUGCGAGCAGCUCGAAGAGAGGCUGGGGUUCAAAGCUCCAACUCUGGUGCAAGCUCAAGCCAUCCCUGUAAUUCUCUCCGGCCGCCAUGUGCUUGUGAAUGCGGCUACGGGCACAGGCAAAACGGUGGCGUAUUUGGCUCCGGUUAUCCACCACCUGCACUUGUACCAACCUCGAAUUCAGCGCUCCGAUGGCACUUUCGCGUUGGUUCUUGUACCAACGCGCGAGCUGUGUUUGCAGGUUCAUGAAAUCCUGCACAAGUUACUGCACAGGUUUCAUUGGAUUGUCCCUGGUUAUGUAAUGGGAGGUGAAAACAGGAACAAGGAGAAGGCCAGGCUGCGCAAAGGCAUAUCUAUUCUAGUUGCAACUCCUGGAAGACUCUUGGAUCACCUGAAGAAUACAUCAUCGUUCUUGCACACAAGUUUGCGUUGGAUUAUCUUUGAUGAAGCAGAUAGAAUUUUGGAAUUGGGAUUUGGAAAAGAAAUAGAGGAAAUACUAGAUCGUUUGGGUUCAAUGCAACAUGGCUCUGCCACUGAGGAUAGUGUUGUUUCAACUAAAUAUGAGUUUCAGAGGCAGAAUUUGCUAUUAUCAGCGACCUUAAAUGAAAAAGUCAAUCAUCUUGCGAAAAUGAGUUUAGAAAAACCUGUUAUGAUUGGCAUGCCUGAGAAAAAGACGCAGUCAAUUGCAUUACAUGAGCAUUUAGGAUCUGACACAGAUGAUGAACCACAACCUUCAGUAAAGACAACAGGCUCUUUUAGUGAAGAUUAUAAACUUCCAGCUCAAUUGACCCAGAGAUAUGUAAAAGUACCAUGUAAUGCACGGCUAGCUGUACUUCUUUCCGUUCUAAAACAUCUUUUUGAGCGAGAAACUUCCGAAAAGAUUGUGCUAUUCUUUUCAACAUGUGAUGCAGUGGAUUUUCACUACUCCUUGAUAAGUGAGUUCCAAUUCAGACCUCACUCAGGGCUAGAAGCAGAACUUAAGCAGAUGUUUGUUAGAUGUAAGACCUUUCGGUUACAUGGGAAUAUGAAGCAGGAGGAUCGAAGAACUGCGUUUGAAACCUUCAAAAAAGAAAAAUCGGCUCUUCUAUUGUCCACAGAUGUUUGUGCUAGAGGUUUGGAUUUCCCGAAAGUAAAAUGUAUCAUACAAUAUGAUUCUCCAGGCGAGGCUACUGAAUAUGUUCAUAGGGUUGGAAGAACCGCUCGGCUUGGCGAAAGAGGAGAUUCCUUGUUAUUUUUACAGCCAAUUGAAAUGGAUUAUUUGAAAGAGUUGGAGAAACAUGGUGUUUCCCUACAAGAGUAUCCCCUCCUCAAAGUAUUAGAUAGUUUUCCACUAUUUGGUCAUAAGCAUGUCAGGAAGUUUCUUUCCAUUGACUCACAUCCUUGGGUGAUGUCUUUGCAAAAGGCACUUGAAGCAUUUACAGAGAAGCCAGACACGAAGACACUGGCCAAAAACGCAUUUUGCUCUUGGGUUCGUGCAUACACUGCCCAUCGUGGUGAGCUGAAAAGAAUAUUUAUGGUGAAGAAACUUCACUUAGGACAUGUUGCAAAAAGCUUUGCCUUGAAAGAACAACCUUCCUUGGUUGGUAAAUCAUUCCAGAAUCAAGUAAAGAAGAGGAAGAGGGAUGAAAAGCAAAAGGGAUUAUCAAGAAAGAGGAAGGUUUCCAGGAAAACAUGAUUGCAGACCUUGAUACCAACAUAUAUAGAUGGUUGUGGGAGAUGCAAUCAUGCAGAUGGGUAAAAGCUUGUUUUGGUUGAGAAAAUUUGUAUGCUGUAACAAAGUUUGCAUGUAUUGCGGGCUUCCUUAGAAUACUUGCUGUCACCUUGUUUCAGUGUGAAGUGAUGUUGGUCGACCUCACUCUGUAAAGUAUGGUUCAUUUGCAAUGCAGUUUUGCUGAUGCUUGCAAAUUUAAAGGGAUAGUUUGCUGUUAAUUUAAA